AUGAGACGAGAACAUAAACAGAGAAUCACUGUUGUGGGUGCUACAAGUGGUGAUACUGGUAGUGCUGCUAUUUGUAGUAUUAGAGGUAAAAAGGAUGUUUCAAUCUUCAUUUUACAUCCUAAAGGUAGAGUUAGUCCGAUUCAAGAAGCUCAAAUGACUACUGUCUUAGACCCUAAUGUCUUUAACUUGGCUGUUGAGGGUACAUUGGAAGAUU